AUGGCUGAAGCAGGUUCUGUGGCGCCAGUUUCCCCAGGAAGCAGAAUGAACUCGAGAGGAGGGCGACAACAAGGAGCGCCAGGACUGAACAACUCAUACUCUCGAGAUAGAAAUCAGAGAGGGCACGCUCUAAGAGGAGGCAGAGUUGAUCGCGGAGGACGGAAUAGAGGGAAGGGAGUCUCGAGCCAGACCACUUUCACACACGACACUCGGUUCGGAGCCAGCAGCGGGCAACGGCCGAAUCAUGCCUUUGAUGGGGUUAGGAUUGAUAACCCUCCGAUUGCUGGACAACUCGAUUCAGAUCAACCUGGUGGACAAGAGGUUGGAGAUCAGAACCAACCUGUUGAGGAAGGAGAAGUCUGCUUUAUUUGUGCUUCAACCAUUGAACAUCUUUCGAUUGCGCCUUGCAACCAUCAGACAUGUCAUAUAUGUGCGUUGAGGUUGAGAGCACUAUAUAAGAAACGCGACUGCGCAUAUUGUAAGACUGAAGCACCCUAUGUAAUCUUCACCAACGAUGCUGCAAAGAGAUAUGAAGAGUUUGGCGAAACAGAUUUUGUAAGAUCUGACGAAAACCUUGGGAUAAAGUACGAAAGAGAUGAGAUCCUCGAAGACACCGUCCUCCUCCUGCGAUACAACUGUCCAGAUCGGGAUUGCGAUGUUGCAUGCUUGGGAUGGCCACACCUGCAUCGCCAUGUCAAACAGAAGCACGGCAAGCUGAUGUGUGACCUAUGUACUCGCAACAAAAAGGUCUUCACUCACGAGCAUGAGCUUUUCACAUUUGGAGAGCUUCGACGGCAUGAGAAAUUCGGGGACGACCACCCAGGAGCCAUUGAUCAGAGUGGAUUUAGGGGUCAUCCAGAAUGUGGAUUCUGUCGUGAGAGAUUCUAUGGGGACGAUGAGCUCUACCAGCACUGUAGAGAGAAGCACGAAAGAUGUCAUAUCUGCGACCGGCGGAAUCCUGGUAGCCAAGUGCAAUACUAUCUCAACUAUGAGAUGCUGGAGAAGCAUUUCGAAGAAUCUCAUUUUGUAUGCCUUGAUGCAGAGUGUCAAGCCAACAAAACAAAUGUAUUCGAGUCAGAAAUGGAUUUGAAAGCUCAUCAAUUGUCCUCGCAUCCUAAUGGUCUGUCGAAAGACGCCCGUAGAGACGCAAGAUUGGUCAACAUCUCAACCUUCGACUACCGUGCACCCUACCAACCACAGCGACGAGGAGAGCGAGAGCACCGAGGCAAUGGUAGGGGAAGGGAUCCCAAUACAGAAGCUCUUCCAGUGUCAAGCGCACAACCUUUACGAAGAGACGAGCUUGCCUACCAACGGCAGAUGGCGAUCUUGAACGCACAACCUCAACUCGUACCACGCAACCACGCGGCCUCACCAGCGCCCACACAGGUUCAUCGUCCCGCACCAUCGUCAGCUCCCCUGCCAAACCUUAACACCCUUUCUCUGGAUAAUUCAAACCCUCAACCCAGCGAGAACCAAACCUCCCAAGAACAAGCUCGUCAAAUUCGUCACACCGCGGUUAUAGAACGAGCUUCUACACUUCUUGGAGCUGAUACCACCAAACUCUCAACCUUCCGCACUCAUGUCUCCUCCUACCGUUCUUCAACCAUCAGCGCAACCGAACUUAUUGAUGCCUUCUUCUCCCUCUUCGACGUCCCAUCAGCAGAGCUUGGAAAGCUUGUACGGGAAUUAGCCGACAUAUUCGAGGAUGAGACAAAGAGGACGGACCUUCUCAAGGCAUGGAACGACUGGCUAAGCAUCAACGCCGAUUACCCAAGCCUGCCCGGCCCGGCCGGCAUCCUCCCGGGUACGGAAAGCAGCAGUCCUAGCGAGGGUCAUCCAGGCGGACGCAGAGUUCUACGUCUCAAAUCCUCGACCGCGCAAUCCUCCCGGUCUGCCGUCUCGCGCCAGGGCAGCUGGGGCAACGCCGUAAAAGCCGCUAACAGCAGCGACAAAUCAAACCCCUUCCCAGCUCUUGGCAGCGCAUCUACCCUAUCCAAUGGCCAGAAGAGAGCUCCCUGGACUGCACUCCAGGCCUCCUCGUCACCGAGAGCGAUUCCGGUAAAUAGUCGUCCUUCGUCGAGGCCUCCUCCGGCCACAAUGGGUGCGAACGCGACGGAGGAUAUGUUCCCUGCGCUACCGAUGGGCCAGAAGCCGAAUACGCUUAUAGCUGGGUUGACGAGGGGGACUGUGAGAUGGGAUGAUGGCAAGAGCGGGAAGGGGCCCGUUGCUAAUCCUUGGGGUGCUGGUGGUGGUGGUGGGAAUGAGAGUGCUCCAUCCGGAAGGAGUGAUAUUGCUGGGCCUGAUGACGACUCAGCAGGCACUGCCACCGGUGGGUUGGUUGCAGGAGGUGCGGGAAAGAAAGGGAAGAAAGGAAAACAAGUUUUGUAUAAAUUUGGCUGA